GCAGAGCUGCGGCGUUGUUUCUCCAGGGAGCGGUCGAUUCCCGGCUCUUCCGACGAGGAAGAAACGUAAGCCCUUGUGCGUAACCUCUCCGCUUUCCUUCCCCAAUUUAUAGACGGGAACGAGAAAAAUAAAAGCGAGAAAAAAAUGGGAUAAAUUUCUGUUCCGUUUAAACCUUCGUAUCCAAACACGGGAACGGAACAAAAAGAUGAAUCUUCCUUGGUAUGUCCGGCACUUUUGGCAGCCGUACACGUGGACGCAAGAUUUUACACUUGAUGAGUAUUCUGGACGCGUGUGGUAAUGAAGAAAUCAAAAUACAGGUGAAGGACUGGAAGCCAAAUAUAUUGUCAAAUAUUGGUAAAGAGAAAGCAUAUUCUGCAAGUGUAAAUGAUCAAGCAGUGUCUCCAAAUUCUGUCAUAAGUGAAGGAUUUGAAGAAAACAGAAAUUUGCAAAUAUCAAAUAGAUUCUUGACUCAUUCGGGUAUAUCAGGACAAGGGAUGUUUUCUGCUGAUCGAUUUAGCCCUGCAUGUCAUUCGAGUGGUUCUUGUGCUCCACUGGGCAUGCAAUUCUGGAGUGCUGGGGAUUAUGAAGUUCAACAAUUUGUUGGACCAGCAUCUCAUAAUAAUCAAAAUCGUCUGUGUGUUCAUCCCAAAUUUCUCCAUUCCAAUGCUACUUCACAUAAGUGGGUCUUUGGAGCUAUUGCAGAACUUCUUGAUAAUGCGGUUGAUGAGAUAUGCAAUGGGGCUACUUUUGUCAAACUGGACAAAAUUAUUAAUCAACGAAGUGGCAGCCCUGCUUUGCUGAUUCAAGAUGAUGGAGGUGGAAUGGAUCCAGAAUCCUUGAGACACUGCAUGAGUUUUGGAUUUUCUGAUAAACAAUCAUGUUCAGCCAUCGGACAAUAUGGAAAUGGUUUCAAGACUAGCACAAUGAGACUUGGAGCAGAUGUGAUUGUUUUCAGCCGCUGCAUGAAUAAAAGGGUGUUAACCCAGAGUAUUGGACUCCUUUCUUACACUUUUUUGAGGCAAGAAGGUUACAAUGAUGUUGUAGUGCCAGCAGUGGAUUACUACUUUGAUCCGUCCAAGGGUGUAUUUACAAAUAUACUUCGAAAUGGUCAAAAGCAAUUUUCCUCCAAUUUGUCGAUGCUGUUGAAAUGGUCCCCUUUCCUGACAGAAACUGAGCUGCUAAAGAAUUUUGAUGACAUCGGACAUAACGGCACAAAAAUAAUCAUAUACAACUUAUGGUUUAAUGACAUGGGAAACAUGGAACUUGAUUUUGAAUCUGAUGAAAAGGAUAUAAUUGUAAGUGGAGCACCAAAGCAGGUGGAAACAAACAACAUUUCAGUGACACUAACACAAAACCAUAUUGCAACUAGACUUUGUUUUUCUCUUCGAGCAUACUCCUCCAUUUUGUAUUUGCACACACCGGAAUAUUUCAGAAUUAUUUUACGCGGGCAGGAAGUUGAGCAUCAUAGUAUAGCCAGGGAUCUCAAAUUCUGCGAAUGUAUCAAGUAUAAACCACAAGUUGGAGGAAGAAUAGAGGGUGAGGUUAUCACUACCAUUGGCUUCUUGAAAGAGGCUCCACUUGUCAAUGUUCAUGGAUUUAAUAUCUACCACAAGAACCGUCUAAUCUUGCCAUUUUUCCAAGUGGCAUGCACAUCAGGCAGUUGGGGUAGAGGAGUUGUUGGUGUACUUGAGGCGAACUUUAUCAAACCUACACACGAUAAGCAAGGUUUUGAAAAAUCAAGUCUAUUUACAAAACUUGAGACCCGAUUAAAAGAAAUGACAUAUGAGUACUGGGAGUAUCAUAGCCAUUUGGUUGGUUAUACAAAGAAAAUUUCCCAUUCAACACCACCUCUGGCUGUUGUUCCUUUCCCACUGCCUCUUUCCUCAGGAUGCAACAUUAGACCCAUCCCAGUAAACCCUGAAUUUUUAACAGACACAAGGAGGAAGUCCUCUCAUACACUGCAAGGCAUUUCAGCUAUGGGUACAUCGCAUUCCCCCAAAGAAGCCAUUCCUGGACAACUUAGUACCAAGCACAACGCAAGUUUUAUAGAAGGACUGACGAGAAAAAGAGGAUAUGAAGAUUUUAAUGCUGCAAGGGAACCUCUUAAAAGACAAGCAAUGAUGUGCAGUACUAGAGAGAAAGCUGGAGAGCAAAAGAAAGGAGGGCAAACCAAUUACAAGCCUGAGUGGAGUAAUUGUGAGAGGCAGUGUCAUGUUCAACAGGUGAAAACCAUGAUGCAAGAAAACAAUAAGUUACGCAAAGAGUGCUUGGAGCAGGAAAAGAUACAGGAAGGGCUGUUGCUCAAGUAUCAAAAUCUUGUACUUGAGCUUGAACAAGUUAAGCAGUGGUAUGAUACAAUAUCGGUCGAGCUUUUAUCUAUGGACAACACUAAAGUGGAGAAACCAUGAAUUAUGGAGAGCCUCCAUGAGUACUCAUUUGAGUUAGCAGGAACCAUGUAAUAGCAAAAGUUUUGAAGUUCCGAGUAUAUAUACAUCACAGGCCUAAAAGGAAAUCUUGUAAAUAUUAGCCCAACAAAUUUUGUAUUUUUGUGCAUAUUUAACAUCAAAUAUGUCCUAAUAAAGACUUUCUCAAAACAAUGUGCUCUUCAAAACGACCACCUUGUGCUUUUCUUGUAAUCUUUUUAUUUCUUGGUCUUCGGGCUCGAAAUCA